AUGGCGCUGCACGAGUUUGCAGAUUUUAUAAGAGAAAAAAGAACUAGUGGAAUGAAGUGUGACGAUAUCGCCGCCGCUUUAUGUCAUCAGUUUGGAACCGCAAGGCGGGGUUUUUCUGAGAGAAAUGUCAGAAGGUGGUGCGCUGAGCAGGGACUUGUCAAAGACUUCUGUCCUGACAGCCGACUGGAAAUCGAAAUUGCACAAAGCAUUUCUGAGACUGGAUCCUCCUUUGGUCGUAAAAUGAUGACAGGAUAUCUGUCUGCUAAGGGGUUAAAAGCUGCUGAGGGCAGAGUGGGAAGAAUACUGCGGAGCAUUCAUCAACCCUACCACAUCUCGAGGCAGCAGGGAGCCCGAAAUCUAAACCCUGUUCCCUACAAUGCAGAAUACAUGGGUCACAAGCUGCAUGUUGAUCAAAACGAAAAGCUGGUUAUGUUUGGAGUGACCCAUGUAAUGGCAAUAGAUGGUUUCAGCAAGAAAAUUGUCAGUCAUUCCACUAUGCCGAUAAAGAAUAACCUCAUCAUAUAUGAGGACGUUUACAGAUCUGCUGUGCUCUCUUUUGGACUGUGGGACCAGAUGAGAGUAGACUGCGGUACAGAGUUUUAUCUUUCUUUAUUCAUCCAGGAAAAGCUGGCAGAACACAGACACAAUCGUCAAAGGCUGCCCUAUGUUCAGACACCUUCUACACGAAACCAUGUGAUAGAGAGAAUGUGGUCAGAGGUGAAUGCCAGAGUCAACUAUCCAUUAAAGGCAGCUUUGGUCCAGCUGGUGGACAUGGAUGAACUUGACAUGGAGGACAACACAUCCAGAUAUUGUGUGUCAAAUCUGACAUGUCAGAUGGCAGGAAUUGGGAUUACAAAUGUUGUUGAUGCAUGGAAUGCACACAGGAUCCCAGGGAAGGGAAUACCAAAUGACCUGGCAAAGGAAGGGUGUCCUGCAAAAGUCCCUGAGGACCUUCUGCCUCUUGGAGCUGCUGCAGCUGAUCUGUAUCAACAGGAAACUGGAUCAGCUUUGAAAAGGGAAUCAGUUUUUGGAUGUGAUCCUUUCCGCUCAGAAGACAGCAAACAACAGACUGAAACUGAGUUUGGUUCUCACUUUGACUUAAAAUCACUAUAUCAAAAUGUGGUGCAUAAUAACUAUGGACCUUUCCAAGAUGCUGUCAGAUCUCUUAUUGACACCACCAGAAGAUAUAUUUGA